CUUCACUGAAGGGAACAUGUACUUUGCACUUUGGUUAAAUUCUCACUUAGAUUUAAAUUCCUAAAUCUUUCUUAGGAAAUUAAGCUUCCUUUGAUCUUCUCUCUUCUGAAUUUCAGAAAUCAGAUAAAACUCCCUGGUAAAAUGACUGAAAAACCUAUUAAAAAGAUUGCUAUCUUUGGAGGAACUCAUGGGAAUGAGCUAACAGGAGUAUUCCUAGUUCAGCACUGGCUACAGGAUGGCACUGAGAUUCAGAGAACAGGACUGGAAGUAAAACCAUUUAUUACCAACCCAAGAGCAGUGAAGAAGUGUCUGAGAUAUAUUGACUGUGACCUGAAUCGUGUUUUUGACUUUGAAAAUCUUGGCAGCAAAAAGAUGUCAGAGGAUUUGCCAUAUGAAGUGAGAAGGGCUCAAGAAAUAAAUCAUUUAUUUGGUCCAAAAAAUAGUGAAGAUUCCUAUGACGUUAUUUUUGACCUUCAUAAUACUACUUCUAAUAUGGGGUGCACUCUUAUUCUUGAAGAUUCCAAGAAUGACUUUUUAAUUCAGAUGUUUCAUUAUAUUAAGACUUCUUUGGCUCCAUUACCCUGCUAUGUUUACCUUAUUGAACAUCCUUCCCUCAAAUAUGCAACCACUCGUUCUAUCGCCAAAUAUCCUGUGGGUAUAGAAGUUGGCCCUCAGCCUCAAGGUGUUCUGAGAGCUGAUAUUUUGGAUCAAAUGAGAAAAAUAAUUAAACAUGCUCUUGAUUUUAUACAUCAUUUCAAUCAAGGAAAAGAAUUUCCUCCCUGUGCUAUUGAGGCCUAUAAAAUUAUGGAGAAAGUUGACUUUCCCAGGAAUGGAAAUGGAGAAAUUACUGCUAUUAUCCAUCCUAACCUGCAGGUAUCGAUGACAAAUCCAGAACUGGUAUUCUUUGCAACAGGCACAUUGCUGCCACCUCCCUGUGAUCAAUACCUUGACUUGGAAUGCCUCACCUCUAGUUCCAUACACACACGUACUUCUAUAGCUGCCCUGUGGAGAGCCCACCCCACCUCCCUGCACCUCCCUCUUGCUUUCACCUUCCCAUGCCCCACCUCUGUCCCGUGUUCCCAUCAAGGAGCAAUGGUGCCUGGUGUGGCUUGGAGCUGGGCAUUGAGGGAGGAGCUGUAUUUCUGAAUCCUCAGAUUCCUAACUGGCAAGCUGAGUUUAGGGCUGGGACUAAAGCUGUGCUAACCAAGGGACAAGCAGAAUCUGGAGGGGAAGACUGUAAGGAAGCUGCAGGUGUGUGAGCAUUAGAGUUGAUCACAAUCAUUCAUCUCUAAAUUCAUCUGCUGCCGAUGCGCCAGCCUCUCCAGAGCUCCCACCCUAAAGAGGCAACUUACAGGUUACAAGUGGCCUGGGUGUGUGAAAAUAAUAUUAAUUACCAGGAGUAGAGCAUUUGACAGCAGGUCAAGAGGUCCUCAGUUCAAAUAUGGGUGCCCCCUACUCACUCCUCAUUUUGACCUUUUAAAAAGUCUCUGAAUUUUAACUUCUUUAGUAAACAGCAGGGUUAGCAUUUCUUUCUGGAGCCAGAAAAUAAUAAGACUUUUUUUAUGGUGACUCUUCACCCCGGUCUUAAUUAGAAUCACCUGAAGAGUCUAUAGAACGGCUAUUUCUCAGGUCCUACCUCAGGACAAACAAAUCAGAACAUGUGGGAUGAGUCCCAGGCCCAGUAAAACCUCUCAGAUGCUUCUAGACUGCAGCUGAGACUGAGAGCCAGCUGUGCAGAGCACUCCUCUUACAGUCCUGACCUUCUGCACCAUCAGCACCACCUCUGGCUUUGCCAGGAACUAUCCAUGCCAGGCGUUCCAACCUGCCACUGUGUAUUCUGGAACCAUUUAGGGGUGGGACCAUGGAAUUGGGAUUUUUUUAAAAUACUCCCCAGGUAGUUUUCAUAUGUCCUGAGUUUGAGAAGCACCGAUUUGGUAAGAUUGUUUUGGGUUCCAGGAAUUCAGGGAGACAGUCCCCUAAGUAAUUCCAUUGAGCAUCCCUGAUGAAGAACUGCCGCCCUUAGAACAAAAAUCUAGACUGAGGACCAGGUCGCUGCCAAUGACUCUGGCUUCAGGGCCACUGUCCUCUCUGCUCAGCCCUGCACUGCACUAACAAGGCUACUCUUGCUGUUUCUCAAACUAAGUUUGUUCCAGCCCCAGGAAAUUUGCCUUUGUUUUCACUGUGGCUGAUUCUCACCGCUCUAGUUGCAGCUUGAGUGCCAUCAUCUCAGGGACCGCUAUUUCUGAUCACUCCAUCUAACUGGAGCCCUUUGUUACCCUCUGCUAUAUUUUUCUGAUAUUUCUUUGAUAACACUUCAUACAGUUUAAAAUGGGCUUGAUCCCUGGUACCAAAAUAAAAUGGGCUGAUAUAUAUUUAUAUAUAAUUUAUUUAAUCAGUAUAUGUAACUUUCUUAACUAGUGUUGGAGCUCCAUGAGGGACUUUGCCUGUCUUGAAACUCAGGGCUCAGAACAGGCUUACUAGUUAUUCAAAUAUACUGAGAUAACCAACCAGUCAGUCUCUCCUGUAGAAUAUGAGCCACUCCUUAUUGUCUGCCACAUCCAAACUAUCUUUUCUUAACUUCCAGCACCUACUACCCACAUUGCCUUUUACUAAUCUCAUUCAUCUCACAUCUCAGCCUCCCCAAGAUUAUUUUUAUACUCCUAAACUUUUAAAAAUCCCAAGUGUUUUAGCCUUAAAUGUCUUGUAGUUGACAUCUCUGCCAUAUACAGUGCUCUCUUCCUUUCUCUCCUCUAGUCUUUAUCUUCCCCUUAAAGUGCAACCUAAGGCCCCUUUUGGUUUCCACCUGGAUGCCGUUAAGCCACAAAGCCAGCUUUGCUCCACUAGCCUGUAUUUGUGGGCAGGGUGCUUUAUUAAGUUGAGAGUUUGAGUGACUAUUAGAGUCAUUAAACAGAGAUUUGAAGUGGAUCAGUGGUUUUCAGCCAUGAUUGCUCAAGUCAAUUGAGAUCUGAUUAUCUCAGAGUGGAC